AUGCCUAUCAAGCGUGAGCGCGAGCACGACGACUCGGACUCUUCGGCGACCAACACCAAGAAGUCACGUAGCGCGUGGACCAAAGAAGAAGAACCUCUUUGGCGCCAGGUUGCGGUCCAGGUACUCAAGGACAACAUGGUCGCUGCUGCUCGUGCCUCGGGACACUUUCCAGGCCGCUGCCUUGGCUCACACCUCAGACCCUUUCUCGGUCAAGUGAAAGGCAUUCCAAUCAAGCGGUCGGCUGCCAACACGAAGACGGCUGGCAACAAGAAGUCGACUGCCGCCAAGGAGAAGUCUCCUUGUUCUUCAUCAACAUCAUCCUCCACAGUCGCCUCCCGCUACAUACCAACAGCAACCGAACCCUCAACACCAACCAAACCCUGUCAACCACACACCGUCCUUCAAAUGGUGAAGCGCAAGGCUGAAGAGAGCGACAGUGCUCCAGAGUCAAAGGCGUCGCCCUCGAGGAAGAAGGACUGGACCCCCAAGGAGGAAGCUAUCUGGCUCGAGAUUGCCUCCAAGGUUCUCAAGGACAACAUGUACAGCGCAGUCAAGGCCGAUGGACGCCUUACGGGACGCUCUAGGUCUACCAUUCACUCUCACGUCACCGCGUUCAUCAACAACUUCGUCAAAACUUGGAAGAAGUGA